AUGGGAACAAACGGUAUUCUUGAUAAUAAAACAAACGGUAUUCUUGAUAUUGGCAAAAAACCGUUAACACGUUGGAGUUGUUCUGAUGUGGAUCAGGAAACGGUUAAGAUGAUUCUUGGUGAGCGAUUACGCUUUCCGUAUGCAAGCAACGUGAUUGCGCCAAAUCGAAUAAUGAAGAGUGCAAUGAGUGAACAGCUGGCAACAUACCAUAAAAAUGAUAUGAAAAAGAGUGGUAUACCAACACGCGAGUUGAUUAAUUUGUAUGAAAAAUUUGCUGACGGUGGUUUCGGAACUAUCGUUACUGGCUGUAUUAUGAUUAAUGGGAAAGAUAUCGAAGCUCCGGGUAAUGUAAUUAUCGAUAUGGAAUCAGAUUCUGAUGAGCGUCGAAAUGCAUUUAUGGAAUGGACUGAAUGCGCUAAAAGAAGUGGAAGUAUCAUUAUCGCACAGCUGUUCCAUCCCGGAAAAUGUGCUGCUGAUUUACCACAUAAAACGGAUUUCGAUAUUAAUAAAUUGACACGGAAGCAAAUUGGAGAACUAAUUAAUGAUUACGCUUAUGCUGCAAGAUAUGCUCAACAAUGCGGUUUCAAUGGUGUGGAAAUAUCAUGCACUUCUCUUUUCGCUCUUGGGCAACUGAUCACAAGCGGUGAGAAUACCCGUGACGAUGAAUUCGGUGGCGAAUUAGAUAAUCGUGCCAAAAUUUUAUUUAAAAUUAUCCAAGCUAUACGAAUGAAAAUCAGUAAACCAAGCCGUUUUGUAAUUGGCCUCAAAUUAUUUUGCGACAAUUUUGAGCCCGAUUACAACAGUGAUACAUUUGGUGAAUUUAUUCAUAACGUUGAGAAAACUGGCUUUGAUUAUAUAGCUAUAACAGGUGGAGAUUAUAAUUUGAUCAAAGAUUUAAAACGAGACGAUGAAUCGAACAAGUGUGAAUAUUUCUAUCAAAAUUUCGUAAUUACAAUGCGAAAACAUUUGACAAGAACAAAAUUAUUUAUGAGUGGUGGAUUUGUAACGCUUACGGAUAUGGUUGCUGCCGUUCAUAACGGUUGGGCAGCAGGCAUUUCACUUGCAAGGCCUGUAGCUGCUGAACCAGACCUGCCGAAAAGAUUAUUUGCUGGAGAAGUGAAAAGCGCAACGAAAUCAUUAUUUGACCCAGCUGAUUAUUCCAUCGAGGUAAAAUUUGCCGGAUCACAACUUUGGCAACACGGUUACUUGCUGACUGUAAUGGAUGCAUCAAAUCCUGAUCAUAUCGAACAAUUCAUGAAAGAUUUGGAUUUUCAUGAAAAACAAAAAUUAGUUACUUCGAAUAAUGAAGAAUUAGUUGUCGGUUAUCCGAAAACAGUUGUAAAUCCGGAAUUACUAGAUGAGGAUAUGCUCAAACGAAUUCAGCAACCGUCAAAAGAGAUAAUAUCCACUGGAGCUGUGAUCUUAGACGGACAUACAGCAGGAGAUGAGCUAACCACAAAGAGGGAUGAUAUGGAGAGAGAGCUGAUAGAAGAGGAAAUGCAUCAUGUGAUAAAGAAACAGUUGGAUUAUGGAGCACCGGGUGAUUUGCAAGAAAAUAUUGUCGAGGAUUCGUUUCGUACGGUGGUGAAAGAGCAUGAAAAUUUGCCGGAUGUUGGUGUGGAUAUAAUUGAGGAAACCAUUGAAAAAGUGAUUCUAACUCAAUCGAACUUCUCGGAACCACCUCAAUCGGACUUCUCGGAACCACCUCAGUCGGAGUCAAUUGAAUCACCAAUGCAAAAAGCCCAAACUGAUGCCAUUGAAACAUUGAAUACCAACUUCAAUGAUGCCAAAACUGUACUGGAACCUGCACUUGAGGAAGACAUGAAAGUUGUAGAUGAAGUGAUUAAAGAUAUCACCGAAGGAUUGCGUAAGGAAAAUGAAGUUAAUACACAAGCAGUAGCUGAUAGAGAUGAGCAAUAUAUGGAGACUUUGUCCCCUACUCAACAAUCCGAAAUUAAAGAAACAGCAGAAGUGAUCUCGGGAUUUUCAGACGAUGAUAGACCGAUCAUUUCUGGAAUCGUUGAGGAAGUUAGUAAUGCCGCUGAUGACACAAUAAAACCGAUGGAACAUGCUGCAGAGCAGGAAAAUGCAGAAAGUCCAACUACUGAAAAUGGAAAAUAUCCAAUGAUUGAAAGAGAGCCUCCUGUUGGAAGCGAGAAUUAUGAUGUCGAUGAAAAUGCUGUCGAGGAGGUAAUGCGCAAGGAAAUAUAUGGUGUUUCAACCCAAAUGACGACAUCAUUUAUGGAGGAUUCAAUAACGCAUCAGAAUGAACUAUCGCCUGGGAAAGGUGACGAAGAAUUUGCAAAUGCAUUGGAGUUUCAAGAUACCGAAGGAAAUCAUGAAAUAACAGGAAUUACCGAGAAGGACCAGCAGGAUCAUUUACAAGAUUAUUCUGAAGAAGAUAUGAUUGAGCCUCAUGCUCCUGAAGGCGUAACGGAAGCUUAUAUUCCAAAAGAUAUAACUGAAGAUUAUAUUUCAAAACGCAUGGAUGAGCAUUUUUUAGAAAGAACUGAUGGAACUAAUACGUCAAGAGACUUAACUGAUGAUUAUUUCCACGAUGAUAAUAUGGACAACGGUAUAAAAGAUGAUUUACGAUCAGAAGCAACUAUAUCAAAAGAUAUGGCAACUGAUGAUCUUGUCCAAGAAUAUCCUAUGGUUAAAGAUUAUAAGAAUCAACAUCCAGAAGGCUUCUUGGAAGGCGAAGUAAACCAACGAGGAUUGGAUGAGUUAUCAGGUGAAGUAGAUCAUUCCAGUGUAUCAUCAACAACGUAUUCAACAUUAAUGGGUGGAAAUGGAGAGUCCGUUUUUUAUAAAGAUUACUACGAUUCAGUUCGUAAAUAUUCAGUUCCCAGCCAAUCACCCAAAGAAACUUAUCACAGUGAAAUUUAUGAAAUACCUAGCGCUGAAUCGAAGGAUAUAAAAAGUGCCGAAAACUUAUCGGGUGAAAAAGUUGACACAAGUCAAGUGCAGCAGGAAUUCGAUACUGACAAAUCUCUAACAGAUAGUAGUACAACUCAUAGACAUGGAUUAACUGGCUUUAUUUCGGAUUCUGUACAAAACUUAAUCACAUCUACAAAAAAUAAAUUUGAUGAGAUGCUCAGUGAAAGUGACAAAAAACAUCAACCGGAUUUGCAAUUUACGAUGAAAACAAAUGAAGUAACGGAAGAUGAUGGACGCAAAUAUGAGGUCUAUACGGAGAGCUACACCGUUUCUAAUGCAGACCAUAGGUCAUCAUCGGAUUUCGGCGAUACCAAAGCAUUUUCAACCGAUGAUUCUGAUAAAUUCAAGGUGCAUGAUGACGAUUUAACUAGUGGAUCCACGGAUACACAGCAUUCCACCGAAACCAUUAUCACAACAAUGACAAACCAAGAUGAAAAAGAAUCGAUAAAACAUCAAGACGGUUUGUUUGGCGAUAAAAAAAGUACCGAUGAGCUUGAUUUUGAAUUCAUUCAUUAA